AUGUCCACAAUUUAUGCCAUAGGCUCAAAUGGCUCAGGACAACUUGGAAUUGGUCAUAAAGAAGAUGUAUCAGUGCCCAAGCCGGUCAUUUUCGAGGAUGAUGUUCCCGAAAAAGUCCAGCAAAUCGCAGCUGGAGGUAAUCACAGCCUCAUAUUAUCGACCACAGGUAAAUUAUACUGUUCGGGGGAUUCAUCCUACGGAGCCUGUGGACUCACUCCCGAUUCGCACUUUGCUGAAUCAACAUUUCGACGUGUGAAACUUUCGGAUAAUUUCACAAUUAAUGAAGGACCAGUAGCAUUCUGCGCGGCAACUUGGGAAGCAUCUAUUAUUGUCCAGCGAGAUGCAGAUGGUCACGCAACGAAGGUGUAUUGUUUUGGGACAGGAAACAGAGGAGAGUUAGGUCUGGGACAGUUUCUGUUUCGAUCAUCCAAACCUCAGAUGAUUGAAGAUUUUCCACCCGUUGGGCUAGAAGUAGUCGAUAUCGCCACAUCUGUCAGUCAUGUGGUCGCUGUCUUGAGUAAUGGAGAUGUAUAUGGUUGGGGAAGUGGCCGAAAAGGACAACUUGGUCACCCUGACAGUGUCGUGUAUGCUCCUCGCAAGAUUGAAGGCCUCGAUUUCAAAGUUGUCAGAGCUAUCUGUGGAAGGGAAUUCACAUGUCUUUUGGCGGAGCCCUCCAGUGGUCAACACAGAAUUAUAGGCUCUGACAAGUGGAAUAUUAGAUCUUCAGCACCGGAGAAAAUAUCCGGAUGGACAGAUGCUGGUAGCACAUGGGGAAGUAUUCUAAUAUUGAAAAGUGAUGGGUCACUUGUUUCCUGGGGACGAGAUGACCAUGGGCAGUUAGCUCCAUCGCGACUACCAUCCGUAACUCAAAUUGCUAUUGGCAGUGAGCAUGGUCUGGCACUCACCGCAGAAGAUGAAGUCUGUGCAUGGGGAUGGGGACACCUGGAAUGUGGUAGCAUCUACUAA